GUUUCUUGUUUAGUGUGUCACACUUGACGCACAGUGAAGGACCGGAGCAUCCCGCAUCCACAAGGCUUGAAAGGCCAAAAAUUUGUCGAAUUGCACUUUUCAGCGGUUAUCUUAAAGCUGGUUGGUCAUCAUUAUGGGGGAACUAUUCAGGAGUGAAGAGAUGACACUGGCCCAGCUGUUUCUCCAGUCGGAGGCAGCAUACUGCUGUGUCAGUGAACUGGGAGAACUUGGCAUGGUCCAGUUUAGAGAUCUCAAUCCGGACGUGAAUGUGUUCCAGCGAAAGUUUGUGAAUGAAGUGCGGAGAUGUGAGGAGAUGGAUCGAAAAUUAAGGUUUGUGGAGAAGGAGAUCAAGAAAGCCAAUAUCCCAACUAUUGACACUGGAGAAAAUCCUGAGGUGCCUUUUCCAAGGGAUAUGAUCGAUUUGGAGGCCACCUUUGAGAAAUUGGAGAAUGAAUUGAAGGAGAUCAACACCAACCAGGAAGCUCUGAAGAAGAACUUCCUGGAGCUGACGGAGCUCAAACACAUUCUUCGUCGAACGCAGCAGUUCUUUGAUGAGAUGGAAGAUCCCAACUUGUUGGAAGAGUCGUCAGCCCUGAUGGAGGGCAACGAGGGGGGAAGAGGGGCUCCGCUCCGACUGGGAUUUGUGGCCGGUGUGAUCAGUCGAGAGAGGAUUCCAACUUUUGAGAGAAUGCUGUGGCGGGUGUGCCGUGGUAAUGUUUUCUUGCGGAAAGCUGAGAUCGAAGACCCGCUGGAGGACCCCACUACAGGAGACCAAGUCCACAAAUCAGUCUUCAUCAUUUUCUUCCAAGGUGAUCAGUUGAAGAACAGGGUGAAGAAGAUCUGCGAGGGGUUCCGUGCCUCUCUCUACCCUUGUCCAGAGACUCCACAAGAGAGGAAAGAGAUGUUGGCUGGUGUCAACAGCCGUAUUGACGAUCUCCAAAUGGUGCUGAACCAGACCGAAGACCACCGUCAGCGAGUCUUGCAGGCCGCCUCAAAGACAAUGCGGGUUUGGUUCAUCAAGGUUCGCAAGAUGAAAGCCAUCUACCACACUCUGAACCUGUGUAACAUCGACGUGACUCAGAAAUGUCUCAUCGCUGAAGUGUGGUGUCCAGUCUCAGAUCUGGACUCAAUCCAGUUUGCCCUACGGAGAGGAACGGAACGAAGCGGUUCAACUGUGCCGUCAAUCCUCAACAGAAUGCAGACCAAGCAGACUCCGCCCACUUUUAACAAGACCAAUAAGUUCACCUCCGGUUUUCAGAACAUUGUGGAUGCAUACGGCAUUGGAAAUUACAGGGAAAUCAAUCCAGCUCAAUACACCAUCAUCACCUUCCCUUUCCUGUUUGCUGUCAUGUUUGGUGACAUGGGUCAUGGCCUUCUAAUGACCUGCGCUGCUCUCUAUUUAGUCAUCCGAGAAAGUCGCCUCCUUGCCCAGAAGACUGACAAUGAGAUGUUCAAUAUGGUGUUUGCUGGUCGCUACAUCAUAUUGCUGAUGGGGAUCUUCUCCGUCUACACGGGCAUCAUUUAUAAUGAUUGCUUCUCCAAAUCACUGAACAUGUUUGGCUCUGGAUGGAGUGUGAGGCCAAUGUUUGGGCCCAAAGGCGCCAACUGGUCGUUUGAAACGCUUGAAGGAAACGCCGUGCUACAGUUGGACCCUGCAAUUCCUGGUGUGUUCAAUGGACCUUAUCCUCUUGGAAUUGACCCGAUAUGGAACAUUGCCACCAACAAGCUGACGUUCCUCAACUCAUUUAAAAUGAAGAUGUCUGUUAUCCUCGGUGUAAUCCACAUGAUAUUUGGAGUCUCUCUCAGUCUUUUCAACCAUCUGUACUUCAAGAAACCUCUGAACAUCUUCCUGGGCUUCAUUCCCGAGAUUGUCUUCAUGUCCAGCUUGUUUGGUUACCUCGUCCUGCUGGUUUUCUACAAGUGGACAGCUUACGAUGCAUUCACCUCAAAAGACGCACCCAGCCUGCUCAUCCACUUUAUCAAUAUGUGCCUCUUCAAUUACAGUGAUCCCACAACCAAAUCCCUCUACGCGGGACAGAUGGGGAUCCAGGUUUUGUUGGUGCUCAUUGCCCUUGCAUGUGUACCCUGUAUGCUGGUUGUGAAAACUAUGGUGCUUCGGCGUCAGCACCUGUGGAAAAAGCACCUGUCACAGAAGAUGCAAGAAACCCCUGCAGAGAAUCUAGAGCAAUCUUUAGAGCGAACAGGCGUGUCCUCAUCAUGCACCGGACUCACCCAACAGGGCACGCAGAAGUUCGGAGGGGUGCGGGUGGGCAACGGGCCCACGGAGGAUGAGGCUGGCAUCAUGGACCACGACCAGCUCUCUCAACACUCAGAGGAGGGAGAUGAGCAUGCAGAGGAAGAGCCGUUUGACUUUGGUGAUGUGGCUGUCCAUCAGGCCAUCCACACCAUAGAGUACUGUCUGGGAUGUAUCUCCAACACGGCCUCUUAUCUCCGUCUCUGGGCCCUCAGCUUGGCUCAUGCGCAGCUGUCAGAGGUGCUCUGGUCCAUGGUCAUGCACCUGGGUUUGUCCUCCCGGAGUGGUGGCGGUUUUUUCGGCCUCACAAUCAUCUUUGCGGCGUUCGCCACCCUCACCGUUGCCAUUCUGCUCAUCAUGGAGGGGCUGUCUGCCUUUUUGCAUGCCCUGCGUCUUCACUGGGUGGAAUUCCAGAAUAAGUUUUAUUCCGGCCAGGGCUUCAAGUUUGUCCCCUUUUCAUUCGAGAGCAUCCUGGAUGGAAGAUUUGACGAAUGAUCAUCUGGAGUCCAGUCUUCUCUCUUCCUAUCAGUGUCAGUGUGCAUGAACCCUCGUGCAAACCUCUGUGUCCCUCUAGUGGCAUUCCAAAAACCUUGAUUGUUUGUGGUAUUUGAAACAAGUCGAGUUAUUUGAACGCAUUUCAAGACCCAGCAGUCUGCAUACUGGAACUCAUCAUGCUCGCAGAAUUUCCUUUUAUUAUUAUUAUUAUUAUUUUUGAAAGGCUUGUGAAAUAAGAUGUCAUUUCCUGUUCUGAGUCGAAAUCCUCCAUGUUUUGGAUGCGGAAAGGUUCAAGUACAAAAUGUCUGUGUACAACUUUCAACUUCGAGGCUGUGGAAAAACUCACUGAAUGGAAAUAACCACAAGACCAGAAUGCGCCUGUUUGACUGGCGGAGGGAAAUGGAUUGCAUCAGUCGCCAGAAAAAAAAAAACAAAAACACUUGACAAAUGAAAGUUGCUCUUAACACUUUCAGGAACAGCGGUGACUACAUGGGACAGCUUAUCAUGUUAUCAGGUUACAGAGCGCAUGAAAGGGUUAAUAACAACAAACUUUGGGUAAAAGAGAGGGUUGCUUUGAUAUCUACAUGAAGUCAGGCAUUAAUCGUUCUAUUGGUUGGGAAGCCAUUUGUCAUCUGAAUCUCAAUAUUAUUUUCCUACAAAAAUUAUACAGAGACAUUGUUCGUGUUUAACACCGUGCAGUUGUUUUUCAUGUUUUAAUGAGAAG